ACCACACUGCUCAGAUGCCCGGAAACAAAUGCGUUUUCUUGUUUUCAAUAGCAAAAUGCACACUAGUUGUCAAACGCGGAUUAAACACAGAUGAAAUGUAGGAACAGUACCUUGCUGAUGAAUUGUUUGAUUAGUGCACUGUUGUUUUAGAUUCACGCAUUCCAGACAGCUGUAACUAGGAGCAUGAUAUACAUUUAUCUGCUAAGGGACUUCAGAUGAAAUUUAGCUAUCAAGCUAAUUCUGGGGCAGUUACUAGCUGUGCAUUGUCCCUUUCAAAUAAACAAAUAAAUAAAUAUAGCCACAGCCUGCCCGAAGUAACAGGUAAUUCAAAGUAAGCUAAUCGGUGUUAAAAAUGAUUAAUUUUGGCACCUUACAGGCGCAACUGGCCUCCAUUAUGGAGGUGUUAGCUAAAGCAGCAGUGGUAGAAAUCACCAAACUUGUUGAAGACAGUUCCGCCGAGAUACGUCUGGAAAUUUCACGGAACCAGUUCGAGAAUGUAGCGCUAAGGAGAAAAUUAAGUAGGAUGCAGAGCGAGCUGAUUCUUGCUCGAGGAUGCCAAGAGAGAAUAGGCGCUGAAAAGACUUCCGUGAAAGGUUCUGAAUUGCAUGGUCCGAUUCAGAUAUGUGAUGGAGUCGGUACAGAUGGCCGUCAUUCUUUGCAAGAAAGUGCCUUCGGAGAUGAAUGGGGAGGCAGGCAGUGGAAGGAUGGAGAGGUCGGAGUUCCGGAAGACGACAUAUUCCUGCAGUCCAUAACUCUGACUGAAGAGAAUGGAUUGGCAGAGUGCUGGGAUACUCCACCCAUUCCCGCAGAGCGCCCGGAGGAGCUCACCGGACUGCAGAGGGAUGGACGUGGUGAUGAAGAGGUACUGGAGGUGAAGGACGAUAGAGGGAGAGAGCCUUCUGCAGGACCUGAGCACAGCGUUAGGCCGCAGAACGGCCCGGGUGCUGAGCGCGUGUUUGAGAGAGGUAGACUCCCGAGGGCUUCACCCACACAAGGCUACAGAGACCUGGAGGCCGAGGACCAGCAAUGCGCUAAUGUUAGGGGUGAUCUGCAGCGGCUGUUGGGCCAAGCUGAGCCUCAUCCUAAUCAGGCGGCGGAAGGUUCCGGUAACAGCACGCCCUCUUCGGGAUCCCCAGAUCAGAAGCCACACGUUGGGGCUUCAUGUUUAGCGUGUGUCAAGGAGGAGGUUGAGAUUAAGUCUAUAUGCAUUGAAGAGACGGCAGCAGAGAGGGUUGAGCGACAGGACAGAGAGACGCUGAGCUCCGUGAAGAGCGAGGGCCAGGCCUUUCAGCCCGGGCCACACAGACUCCAGGCAUCAGAGGACGGAACGAGAGAGAGUCUGAGCACGGCAGAGUCCGGCUCAGACACCGAGGACAGCCCGAUUUUCCAGAUGACCGACAGCAUCGAGCUCUACGGCAGGACUGACACUGCGGAUUCAGCCGACACCCAUUCUGGGUUGAGUUUCACCCACCUAAACAGCGUACGUGAUCAAGUACACCCAGGAAAGAAAGCGUUCAGAUGCACACAGUGCGGAAGGUAUUUCAGCCAUCGCAAUAAUCUGUACCGCCACCGGCGAAUUCACACAGGGGAGAAGCCCUUUACCUGCGUGCACUGCGGGAAGAGUUUCACCCAGCAAAGCCACCUGUACGAGCACAAGCGGAUUCACACGGGAGAGCGACCCUUUAGCUGUGCCGUAUGUGGGAAGAGUUUCACUCAGCAAAGUAAUCUUAAAAGACACCAGCGCAUACACACUGGGGAAAGGCCUUAUAGCUGCAUGCACUGCGGAAAGGUUUUCACUCACCUGAUGCACCUCAAAAUGCACCAGCAAGUUCAUUUUGGAGGGAAUGAACUGUUCUUUUGAGCACCGCUGACUGCUUUAGGCACUUCUUUGGCCAAAUAAACAUUCGGAUCGAGAGGAUGAUGCACAUUUUAAAUCUGUUUGAGAACCUUUUUUAUUUUUUUAUUACCGUUUACUUUUUACCAAAAUUGCCUGCUGGUUUUUUUUUUUUGUUGUCACUCGGUACUUAAUUGAUCAAUUAUAGUAGUUAUUGAACAGUUAAUUCACUGGUUUCUUGGGUCUGAAUUGCUUGCUGAUAUUAAGGCGAAAACAAAAACCAGGAAUCACCGGGGCGGAUCAAAUGUACCAGCGGUGGCUGUUGUUAUGGUGUCAGACCUGGUACCCUUCACUGCAUGGAACUCCUUAAUAAUUCAUUAACAAGUUGUCACUUACAGCUUCAUACUGCUCUUCCUGCAGGGAGGAGCUGAACACUCUGUGGAGGCCUAUUGUUCAACCACCAUGCAACCCACCAUACCAAAAAAAACAGGUCACCAGCAUAAGGACAUGUCAAUAUACUGCUCUUUUUAGACUAUUUCUGAACAAGCCAGUUGCUAGAAAAUGUAGUCUGAACACUAUUCUUUAUUCCACACUCCAGUGUUCACAUGGUGGUCUACCCCAUCAUUUUAUCUGUUACCCGCCAGUACAGCAAUCACGUAAGCGGUGUUAUAAAGGUGUUGAAUGAUGUAGAAACAAUGUCUGCAUCAUUCAUAGCCCUGUACAUCAGGGAUCAGAAACUCACGGUUCUUGAGGGCUGAGACCUGCUGGUUUUCCACCCUCCCUUUGCCUGGGAGUCAGGUGUGAACAGUCUGGCCAAUCAGUAGCACUAAUUACCCAGGAGAAAAGAAAACCAGGGCUGGAUUUGGAUUCGAGGGCCAGAGUUGGAUGAUCUGUGCUGUACAUGAUGCUUUGUGACAGUGGCAUAGUCCACUCAAGCGGCUACAACCCAAGCCUUUCUAAUCAGUCUGGGCUGCACUUAAGUUAAUGUUGCUGGAAUCCGCUGCUCUGUAAAAUGUCCUCAGUUGACUGACUGUCAGACAGCAUCUUGAUGAAUUUCUGUGUUGCUUAGUUCCUCUUUAUAUUGUGGCUGUUCUAGGUUCCAUACGCAUCAGUUGUUAACGUAUCACUGCCUUCCAUAACAGCCGUUCAUUCAGGCAGAUCUCUCAGGUAUUUCAUGAUGCUUUAUAGCUGGGCUCCUUUGGUCAGGUCUUAUGCAAAUGUAUGGUCUUCAAUAUGAUGUGAACAAGCCAGAUUAAUCUGGGGGGAAAUAAAGAAGCCUUUGUAAAA